UUCUAGACAGAGACAACAACAUACCUUAAUAGGGGCGCGUCUCCGACACAGCCACCGACCAAUAACCCGUCUCUGUCUGAGCUAGCACCGAGGGGAUGAACGCUUGUCGAGGCCCAAUCAGCGCCUUUGUGUUGUUUGCCGGUGCCGGAGACUGGUUGUGAGGAGCAAUUGCAGCGCUUCAGGAUUUGACAGUAAACCGGGAGCCUGUGGAAACCGAGGGGUAAAGGCGAGACAGGAUGGAGCGGAUGUCCGAAGAGGCCCUGCGCCUGAACCUGCUGAAGCGCGGCCUGGAGACGUCUGCUGAGCGCGAGGAGGCCCUGGCCAAGCGCCUCAAGAUGGAGGGCCACGAGGCCAUGGAGCGCCUCAAGAUGCUCGCCCUGCUCAAGCGCAAGGACCUGGCCGACCUGGCGGCCCUGGAGGGGGCGGCGGCGGCGGCGGCGGCGGCGGCCGGGUCCCUGGGGGACGGGAAGGGGCCUGGGAUCAGCAGCCAGCACCAUCACCACCAACACCACCACCAGCAGCAGCAGCAGCAGCAGCACCAGAGCAUCAUGGGCGCCAGCGCGGCCUACGAGGAGAAGCUGAACGGCAGCCUGCGAGCGGGCGGCCACGGGGAGCUCAGCAAGAACGGGAAGGAGAACAUGAUGGACGAACCGGUGGACAUGAGCGCCAGUCGGAGAUGCGAGACGGCCUGCGAGAGGCGCUCUCUCUCCCCGGACGUGAUCGUCCUGUCUGACAACGAGGCCACCAGUCCCAGGAGCAGCCCCCGCCCCGAGGAGAGACUGCACCAGGCCAACAGGGAGAUCUUCAGGGGGAAGACGGGCGUGGAGAGGCAGCAGAUGAUCAAGGUGCUGCGGGAGGAGCUGCGUCUGGAGGAGGCGCGCCUGGUGCUGCUGAAGAAGCUGCGUCAGAGCCAGAUGCAGAAGGAGAACGUGGUUCAAAAGGUCCCGGUGGUGCAGAAUGCCUCGUCUCUGCAGCCAACACCCAUUCACAGUUCUCAGGGGAUGGGGAAGCUGCCUGUUCGACCCGGCCUCAAUGCCGCAGAUCCCCAGAAUCUACGCAAUGUGCAGGGUCACUCAGUCAUCAGGUCAGCAGCCAACGCCAGCAACAUGCCCCAGAUGGUGAUGUCCCAGAGGGUUCUGGCGCCCAACCCCACCCAGCUGCAGGGCCAGCGGCUGAUGGGGAAGCCGGGGAUGGUCCGCACCAGCUCCGGCAUCAUGAACAACUCUGUGAGCUACCAGCAGGCUACCAGUCAGCAGGUGGCCGCCUCCCAGCGCACCGGCUCCAACGCCAUGUACAUGAACCUGGCCCAGAUGCAGGCCGCCGCCGCCGCCGCCGCCGGGGCCAGCAGCGCCGGCGGCGGCGGCCUCGGAGGGGGCCUCGGAGGGGGCGGGGCCGCCAUCAGCCCCUCGUCGAUGCCCAGCGCGGCAGGGAGCGGGGUGAACUCCAUCGCCGACCAGGCCAGCAGCCAGGCGGCCGCCAAGCUGGCCCUGCGCAAGCAGCUGGAGAAGACGCUGCUGGAGAUCCCCCCGCCCAAACCCCCGGCGCCGCUGCUCCACUUCCUGCCGUCGGCCGCCAACAGCGAGUUCAUCUACAUGGUGGGGCUGGAGGAGGUGGUGCAGAGCGUCAUCGACAGCCAGGGGAAGCUGCGGGGGACGCUGUCCCGCAUGGAGCCCUUCUACUGCGCCCAGUGCAGGACCGACUUCACCCCCCACUGGAAGCAGGAGAAGAGCGGGCGGAUCCUCUGCGAGCAGUGCAUGACCUCCAACCAGAAGAAGGCCCUGAAGGCGGAGCACACCAACCGCCUGAAGAACGCCUUCGUCAAGGCCCUGCAGCAGGAGCAGGAGAUCGAGCAGAGGCUGCAGCAGCAGGCCGCCCUGUCCCCCAGCACAGCCCAGAACACGGGGCAGAACGCCAGCAAGCCAGAGUCCAUGAUACGACAUCAUGCUCUCCGUCAGGCACCCCAGCCCCAGGCCCAGAUGCAGCGGGGGAUGUCCAGCUCGGCGCGCGGCGUCCUGUCCAACUUCGCCCAGGCCUCCCAGCUGUCGGUGGCCACCAGCCUGAUGGGCAUGACGGGUGCCAAGCGCUGCACCAGCGGGGGCGGCGGCGGCGGCAACGGCGGGCCCGGGGGCAGCAGCGGCGGCGGCGGCGGCAGCAGCAACCGGCUGCAGCACGACAGCCGACGCCAGAUCUACAACAUCCCUGGGUUAAACAUUGCCUACCUGAACCCAGCCGCUGUUGGAAGCCACAAGAGUCCCAGCUUAGCCGACCGGCAAAGGGAGUACCUUUUGGACAUGAUCCCACCUCGCUCCAUCUCACAGUCCAUCUCUGGACAGAAGUAGUCCUCUCGCCCCCCUCCCACUAACUCCUUUAAAAACCACCCUGACACUGCACUCUCCCCUCAAUCAACAUGUCCCUACCCAUAGCAUGCAGUGCCUGUCCAUGUGCCUACCUUAAACUAACCCCAGAGAACAGCAAUCAGCAAGACAAAUACACCAAACUUGUCGGUCCACCCAAAAUGUCUUACUUUACAAUUGUUUGACGAGGUUGUUAAAUUAUGAACCUGUUGUUGUGAUUAUUCUAUGCUGUGUUUUCUAAGUAUCACAGCCACGUUCCUUUUUGUUGGCGUUGUUAUUUUGCUUUUUCAGCCCUGUUUGCGUAAGGAACUCUUAUGGAUGGCUUUGACGGUGGCUAGGCUAGUCGGUCAGUUGGCCACCCUGUUCACCGCCUUGAUCCCACGGGUGCUCGUACAGGGAGGCUCCCAGGAAGUUGUUGAACGGGACGCGAUGAGUUGGCGGUGUGUUUGCGAGAGCGCUCCUGACCAGGCCACACAAAGCAUUUCUCAGUGUUAGUCUGACUUUUGGAGUUCAUUCUGAAAUCCAUUGAGCUCGAAAUUACAAGCUAGUGUUGCAGAAUAACGUGUACCAUACGGUUUAAAAUAUGAAACAGAUCUUUUUAUACUUACGCAACCUAAUGAAUUAAGGAUAAAUUAUUUGGUGCAUGUCAAUAUUUAGUUGAACAACACAAAUGAGCUCAUUUUAGCCAUAUCAUCUACACAAAAUAGGAUGUUAAAUAGAUAGUAUUUGCAUUGAUUGAGUACAUGAGCCUGAACUAGUCGGUUUGCAAGUUAAGACUGGAGGGAUGAAUGUUUAUGCGUUCUGGCUUCUGGAAACCGGGCAGGUCAGGGACAGCACACACAGGCUUACCCACACAUCACCUUGAAAUAUAUUAGCCAUUCUUCAGAGAGCCACACACUCAAGUGCAGAGUGAAGCCAGCGAUUUUAGCCAGCUUUUACAUUUCUGUUGUAUCCCUUCUCUAAUUGUAGCAUCUAAUUGUUGUAGCAUUAACGAACGCAGAAGAAUCCAAGCCUUGGCAGAUUAUGUCAAUUUGAUUUGUUGCUCUUCAUAUAGAGAUCCUUAAUUUUGUCUUUGUGUGCACAGCUGUAGAGCGUGUAUGGCUUUUGUGGCCGUCGUUAUACCUUCCAUUGUUUGGUUCAGUUCACCUCCAUGCAUGAUGGGAAUCUUCUAAAGAGACUAAACAUGUUACUAAACCUUACUUGUGAAUGUGGGUGGGUUCUCUCCACUAAAGUCAUACAUUCUGCCAAUAGGUCAAUAGGAUGGAAUUGAGUGAUUAUUGAUUGCUAACAACUUCACUCUCGUCGUUUUUCUGCAUAUUUUUCACCAUAAAUGGCACUGGCAGCAUCUCGGAAGUAAUACUACGGCUAUUCAAACCGUUCGUUUUUAAAAGCUAUAUAAUGCUAUUAAAAACAUGCAUUUAACAAAGCUAUACACGGCUACACAAGUUAUACACAUCAACGAUUUUGAAGACCUAGGGAUUCAACAGUAAUAAGUUUACUGUUUCGUUCACCAUGGCGUCCACAGGGAUGUUUCCAGUUCAUUAAAGUCCAUGCCUAUGGUC